GGCGGGUCCUGCCGGGCCGCGCCGGCCCCUGCCGAGCUGGCAGCGCUGCGCGCCCCGCCCCGCUGCCUCCCUGGGUUCCGGCGCUGGCGGCGGGAAUGGCGGCGCUGAGCCUCACCGUGGACGCGGGCAGUCCUCCGCUUGGAGCUCUGCUGACAGUGGAGCAUGUGAAGAAUGAUGUUGAAAUUUCAGUGCAAGAAGGCAAAGAAACCAUCCUCUCUGUGUCUGAGCAAGUUUCAUUUACUGAUGUGAAUUCAAUAGCUCGGUACCUGGCUAGAGUGGCUGCCUCUGCUGGGUUGUAUGGCUCGAAUCUGUUGGAACACACUGAGAUUGACCACUGGCUGGAGUUCAGUGCUACACAGUUAUCUACUGCCAGCCAGUUCCCUUCAGCCAUCCAAGAACUCAACCACUGUCUGUCUCUACGGACCUACUUGGUGGGAAAUUCUCUGAGUCUUGCAGAUUUGUGUGUCUGGGCUGUACUAAAAGAUAAUAGUACAUGGCAAGAGCAGUUGGAACAAAACAAGGCUCCUGUGCAUGCAAAGCGAUGGUACAGCUUCCUUGAGGCACAACGUGCUUUCCAGUCAGUAGGAGCCAAGUGGGCUGCUGGUACACCAAAGGUUAAAAUGGCAACAGAAAAAGAAAAGAAAGCAGAUGUUGGGAAGUUUGUUGAACUUCCUGGUGCAGAGAUGGGAAAGGUCAUUGUGAGGUUUCCUCCUGAAGCAAGUGGAUAUCUCCAUAUUGGUCAUGCCAAAGCUGCCCUGCUAAAUCAGCACUACCAAGUUAACUUCAAAGGAAAACUUAUUAUGAGAUUUGAUGACACAAAUCCAGAAAAAGAGAAAGAAGACUUUGAAAAGGUUAUUCUCGAAGACGUUGCCAUGCUGCACAUCAAACCAGAUCAGUUUACAUAUACCUCGGAUCACUUUGAAACAAUAAUGAAAUAUGCUGAGAAGCUUAUUCAAGAAGGGAAGGCUUAUGUGGAUGAUACUCCUGCAGAACAGAUGAAAGCAGAACGUGAGCAAAGAGUGGAAUCUAAACACAGAAAUAACUGUGUUAAUAAGAAUCUGCAAAUGUGGGAAGAAAUGAAAAAGGGAACUGAAUAUGGACAAACUUGUUGUCUACGAGCAAAAAUAGAUAUGAGUAGUAAUAAUGGAUGUAUGAGGGAUCCAACUCUUUAUCGUUGUAAAAACCAGCCUCACCCUCGGACAGGAAGUACCUACAAGGUUUAUCCCACAUACGACUUUGCCUGCCCCAUUGUUGAUAGUAUUGAAGGUGUCACACAUGCUCUGAGAACAACUGAAUACCAUGACAGAGAUGAACAAUUCUACUGGAUUAUUGAGGCUCUGGGUAUAAGGAAACCAUAUAUAUGGGAGUAUAGCAGGCUAAACCUCAACAACACUGUUCUCUCCAAGAGAAAGCUCACAUGGUUUGUCAACGAAGGCCUUGUGGAUGGAUGGGAUGACCCAAGAUUUCCCACUGUGCGUGGUGUCCUGAGAAGAGGCAUGACAGUUGAAGGACUAAAACAGUUUAUUGCUGCUCAGGGCUCCUCUCGAUCUGUUGUGAAUAUGGAGUGGGAUAAAAUCUGGUCCUUUAACAAAAAGGUUAUAGACCCAGUAGCACCUCGGUACACUGCUUUACUGAAAGAUGCAGUGGUCCCAGUAAAUAUUCCUGAAGCUCAAGAGGAGAUGAAAGAAGUGGCUAAACACCCAAAGAAUGCUGACGUUGGGUUGAAGCCAGUGUGGUACAGCUCCAGAGUCCUCAUUGAGGGCGCAGAUGCAGAGACCCUGGUGGAGGGAGAGGUGGUUACUUUCAUAAAUUGGGGCAAUAUCAUCAUCACCAAAUUAAACAGAAAUUCAAAUGGAAAAAUUGUGUCCAUCAAUGCCAAGUUGAACUUAGAUAAUAAGGACUUCAAAAAAACUACUAAGAUCACUUGGUUGGCAGAAACUCCACAUGCACCCCUCAUCCCAACUGUCUGUGUUAAUUAUGAGCAUCUGAUCACUAAGCCAGUUCUAGGUAAAGAUGAAGACUUCAAGCAAUAUAUCAACCGAAAUAGCAAGCAAGAAGAACUGAUGCUUGGUGAUCCGUGCCUUAAGGAGUUAAAAAAAGGAGACAUCAUACAACUUCAGAGGAGAGGAUUCUUUAUUUGUGAUCAGCCCUAUGAGCCAGUGAGUCCUUACAGCUGUAAAGAUGCCCCAUGCAUUUUGAUUUACAUCCCUGAUGGACACACUAAAGAAAUGCCAACAUCUGGGUCAAAAGAGAAGACCAAAGCUGAAACUGCAAAGAAAGAGGCUAGUUCAGCUGUAAAAGGAAAAUCUGCUCCAGUUGUUGGACAUGCCUCUACUCCAUCCUGUACUGAAUCAUCUGAAGGUCACUUGAUCAUCUACAACAAGGUGGCUGCACAGGGUGAUGUAGUUCGUGACUUGAAGGCUAGGAAGGCAGCAAAGGAAGAUAUUGAUAAAGCUGUGAAACAACUGCUGGCCUUGAAAGCAGAAUACAAAGAGAAGACAGGCCAGGAGUAUAAGCCAGGAAAUCCUCCAAUAUCUGGAAAUUCACAGUCAUCAAAGCUUAAGAACUCUGGUACCUUGGACAGUAAAGCUCUGUAUGAUAAAGUAGCAGAACAAGGAGAAGUGGUCCGAAAACUGAAAGCUGAGAAAGCAUCUAAGGAACAAAUAGAUGAGGCUGUGAAAAUUCUUUUAAACUUAAAAGCAGAAUAUAAACAAAAGACAGGUCAAGAGUACAAGCCUGGAAAUCCACCCUCAAUGCCUUCUUGUCUAUCUUCCACUGCACCUCCAUCUCCUGUCUGCUGCAGUAACUUAGCAAGCUGUAGCUUAGUGGAUGGCAAAGCACUUUAUGAUACUGUAGCUGAGCAAGGGGAAGUCGUACGCAGACUCAAGGCAGAGAAAGCUUCCAAGGAUCAAAUAGAUGAAGCAGUAAAACUCCUCCUUUCUCUAAAAGCUGACUACAAGGAAAAGAAUGGGCAGGAAUACAAGCCAGGACACCCACCAACAGCUCAGGGGGCUUUGCCUCAGGCAUCAAACACAGUAUCCAGUGGUCCAGAUACUCCUGAAGCUAAAGCCCUGUUUAGCAAAGUAGCUCUUCAAGGAGAUGAAGUUAGGAAAUUGAAAGCAGAAAAAGCAGACAAGGAAAAAAUAGAUGUGGCUGUUAAAGAACUUCUUCAGUUGAAGGCCCAGUAUAAGUCUGUUGCAGGAGUUGACUAUAAACCAGUGUCUGCUAGUGGUGUAGAUGACAAAGACAAAAAGAAGAAAGAGAAGGAGAACAAAUCUGAAAAGCAGAGUAAGCAACAGAAGCAAAAUGAUGGCCCCAAAAAAGAACCUUUGCAAGGACAAAGUGGUAAUGAGCGCUCCUCAAAUGGAUCAGGAGAGGGCCAAGGCCCUAAGAAGCAAACCAGGCUGGGUCUAGAAGCUAAAAAAGAAGAAAAUCUUUCAGAGUGGUUCUCUCAGGUGAUCACUAAAUCAGAGAUGAUUGAAUACUACGAUGUGAGUGGCUGUUACAUUCUUCGUCCUUGGGCUCAUGCUAUUUGGGAAGCCAUCCAAGACUUCUUUGAUGCAGAGAUCAAGAAACUUGGAGUGGAAAACUGCUACUUCCCCAUGUUCGUGUCCCAGGCUGCCCUAGAGACAGAGAAGUCUCAUAUUGCUGACUUUGCUCCUGAGGUUGCUUGGGUCACAAGAUCUGGGAAAACAGAACUGGCUGAACCAAUUGCUAUACGUCCCACAAGUGAAACAGUAAUGUAUCCUUCCUAUGCAAAGUGGGUGCAGUCACACAGGGAUCUUCCUAUCAAGCUUAAUCAGUGGUGCAGUGUUGUGCGCUGGGAGUUCAAACAUCCCCAGCCUUUCCUUCGCACUCGUGAGUUCCUUUGGCAAGAGGGUCACACAGCAUUUGCAACAUAUGAAGAAGCAGCAGAGGAGGUGCUGCAGAUACUUGAUCUCUAUGCUCGGGUGUAUGAGGAUCUCUUGGCAAUACCUGUUGUGAAAGGAAGAAAGACGGAGAAGGAGAAGUUUGCUGGGGGGGAUUAUACAACCACUUUAGAGGCAUUUAUAUCUGCCAGUGGAAGAGCUAUCCAGGGUGCAACAUCACAUCAUUUAGGGCAGAAUUUCUCAAAGAUGUUUGAAAUUGUGUUUGAAGAUCCCAAGAAGCCAGGCGAAAAACAGUUUGCUUACCAGAAUUCCUGGGGCAUUACAACUCGGACUAUUGGUGUAAUGACAAUGAUUCAUGGAGAUAACAUGGGAUUGGUACUCCCACCUCGUGUAGCCUGUAUUCAGGUUGUAAUUAUUCCCUGUGGUAUCACAAACUCCCUUUCUGAAGAGGACAGAGAAGCUCUGUUGAAGAAAUGUAAUGAAUAUCGUAGCAGGCUGCUUGCUGUCAACGUCCGUGUCCGGGCUGAUUUAAGAGACAACUACUCACCUGGCUGGAAGUUCAACCACUGGGAACUUAAGGGUGUCCCAGUCAGAGUUGAAGUGGGACCACGAGACAUGAAGAGCCAACAGUUUGUUGCUGUUAGAAGAGACACAGGGCAAAAGCUGACAUUAUCUGAACAUGAAGCAGAAGAGAAACUUAAGCAGAUCUUGGAGGAGAUCCAUGCAAACCUUUACAGCAGAGCAUCCGAAGACCUAAAAAGUCAUAUGGUGGUGGCCAGUAAUAUGGAGGACUUUCAGAAAGAGCUUGAUUCAGGAAAGAUUGUACAAAUCCCUUUCUGUGGGGAAAUUGAGUGUGAGGAUUGGAUCAAGAAGACCACUGCCAGGGAUCAAGAUCUUGAGCCUGGUGCUCCAUCCAUGGGAGCAAAAAGCCUCUGCAUACCUUUCCAGCCACUCCGUGAACUCCAGCCUGGAGCAAGAUGUGUGUGCGGCAAAAACCCUGCCAAGUUCUACACCCUCUUUGGUCGUAGUUACUAAAUCACUAGUGAAAGAACCUUCUCCUUUAUCUGUGAAUUGAACUUUUUUUAAUAAGACUGAAAUAGCCCCUUAAACUUCAAUCGGUUUUGUGACAUUUUUAAAUAAUUAAAAGACAAAGCCAUAAACCAUAACCUGGCUCCCUAAUGGUCAGUCUUAGGCUAGCAGUAAUUCACAGAUUUUUCUGUAAACAUCUCCAAUAAAAUAAAGAUGUAUUGUGAGCUGUAA